AUGGCGACUCAAAAAUACCUCAGCGAACAGGUAGAACAAGGAUAUAUUGAGAUCAGGCUUGAAAACAAGGAAUUCGAACGAGCCAUCAAGUCACAAUCAUCUGGAGAGUCUUUUGAACACCGCAGGCGCGAGGAAGAUAGACAUUGUACAGCAGACUCUGAAUCGCAUACCGUCGACUGGCAUCAUGUUAUGUGA